AUGGAUCCAGAGCUGAAUGUCAGCAGCAGGAAUUACAUUGUUGAUGACAUACAUCCCUGCUAUGAAUCAUAUAAUUUAACUUUCAUAUUUACAAGCAACCCUUCCAUUGUAUGCGUUUUAUUAUAUGUUUUCCUUGGCUCAUUAUGUCUUGUCACAAUAUGUGGAAACCUUCUUGUAAUGAUCUCCAUCAUAUACUUCAAACAGUUGCACACUCCUACUAACUACCUUAUCCUCUCUCUAGCCGUGGCUGAUCUGCUUGUAGGGGUUUUAGUUUUCCCUUUCAGCAUGGCAUUCACUGUGACCUCAUGUCUGUAUCAUGAAAAUCUUAUCUGCAAAAUACGGGACAGCUUCGAUGUGUCGCUUUGCACAUCUUCUAUUCUGAACCUGUGCUGCAUUUCCAUUGACAGAUACUACGCUGUGUGUCAGCCUUUGACAUACAGAACUAAAAUCAAUACUCGCGUUACUUUAAUCGUGAUCCUCUUGUGCUGGGGUGUUUCCGUUCUAAUCGGAAUUGGGAUCAUAAUUGCAGGUUUCAGCCAAGGUACAUGUGAGGAAAUGUGCUCCGUUGAUGUUGUAGUGGCAAACACUAUCGGACCAGUUUUUUCAUUUUACCUUCCGGCGAUCAUAAUGCUCUGUAUUUACCUAAAGAUUUUCCUAGUUGCACAGAAACAAGUAAAGAGUAUACAGAACACAACUUGUCGGAGCACAAAGUCAGGAGCUAUUGUCAGUAAGAUGGAGAGAAAGGCCACCAAAACUCUGGCUAUUGUUAUGGGAGUUUUUCUUUUAUGUUUAACUCCCUACUUUAUUUGUGUUGUUUUUCAGCCUUUAGCUGAUAAUCCUCCAUCAGUUCCUGUGAUUGAAACACUAAACUGGCUUGCACUGUCAAAUUCAAUGUUGAAUCCAUUAAUUUAUGCCUUCUUCUACAGCUGGUUCAGAUCAGCUUUCAGGAUGAUAAUUUCUGGAAAAAUAUUUCAUAGUAAUUUAGCUGAUACAAAAUUGAUUUGA